AUGCAAAUUACUCGUACCUUGUUUAAUGCUGCUCAAAAGACAACCACAGAACUUUUCGGGUUGGCAGUUCACCCGAACCCACGACCUCACUUACUCAAUAUAUAUAAGAAGACUUUAGAAUCCCUAACACAGAUUCCACCGACUGCUGUUUAUCGUCAAGCCACUGAAGCUUUGACACAACAUCGUCUCUCGAUUGUAGAGUCAAACGAAGAUGUAAAAGAGAUUGAGAGCAAGAUUGGAGCUGGAAUAAUUGAAGAAGUCAUUUGGCAAGCAGAAGACGAACUUAAAUUAUUGGAUAAGGUUAAGGAAUGGAAAGUAUGGGAACCGCUUGAAGAACCACCACCAAAAGGACAAUGGCAAUA